CAACACCCAAAAUCUUCAAUUUCAAUUUUCUCGGGAAAAUGUCUGGUCGCGGGAAAGGCGGUAAGGGUUUGGGGAAAGGAGGCGCGAAGAGGCACAGGAAAGUGCUGCGCGACAACAUCCAGGGAAUCACGAAGCCUGCGAUUCGGAGAUUGGCUCGGAGAGGUGGCGUGAAAAGGAUAAGCGGGUUGAUCUAUGAAGAAACCAGAGGUGUUUUGAAGAUUUUCUUGGAGAACGUGAUUCGCGAUGCUGUGACGUACACGGAGCACGCGAGGAGGAAGACGGUGACCGCCAUGGACGUGGUAUAUGCUCUCAAGAGACAGGGAAGGACCCUCUAUGGGUUUGGAGGUUGAAGAAAGCACUUUUUCUAUUUUUAAUUUUAAAAUAAUGUAUUACUACAAUUUAUGCGUUUUAGCUUGUAACAUGUGAAUUCUAUGAAAUAUGUGAUAGGAUAUUGUGACAUUCAAGUUAUGUUACAUCCAUGUGACACUCAGUUAAUCUCACCUUAUAUUGAUUUAA